CAAGGCUCGAGGGUCAUAUAAGGGUGCGAAGGAAGAGGGCGGAGUAUCUUAGCUUCUCCUCCUCAUCCAUAUUCUUGAGAGUACCUUCUGCAAAGACCAGAGCCCACGAGGUGCGGUCAGUGGGCGACGAGAGAGAACGACGAAAGCUAGACAAAGCAGCGGUUGUCGCAACAAUGGCUCCUCCGAAGAAUCUUCCAGCGCAUCGCCGCACUCCUGCCCUCUUUUCCUAUCCAGUCCCUCCAGCGUCACUCUCUAGCACGAGGUCCCCACCGGCACGCACGACGCACGAUCAGGAGGACCCACUUCCUUCAUCAUCCUUCUUCGACCUCGUCAUCAUCGGCGCAGGCCCCGCAGCAUUGGCCGUCGUGACUCGCAUCCUCGAGACUCGCCCUGCUGCGCUGUACACCGAGGAAGAGCAUCACCACCUGCACUGGCUGCGGAAGAAGGGAGGCGAUGAUGGCUUGUCACGCCGAGGCCCGCAGCGGCUUGGUGUCAUCAAGACAAAGGCUAGCGGGCGAGGGGCAGAGAGAGUCGCUGCGGGCCGUAAGAUGGUGGGUGCAAGCGGUGAGGGCGACUCGACCUGCGCCUGCCCCGGCGAAAUGCGGAUCCUGGUCAUCGACAAGGUGGGCAAAGGAUGGAUGGCUCACUGGGAUCGCAUGUUUGCUGCACUCGAGAUCAAGCACCUACGCUCGCCACUCUUCUUCCACCCAUGCCCUGCAGACCUCGAUAGUCUGCUUGCGUACGCCGAACGUGUGGGCAGGCUCAAGAAGGCAAAUGCCGCCUACUCUACCGCCCCCGUCGAUGCGCUCAAGAAGGCAGUCGCUGCAGCCGCGAAUGUAGCCGCUAAUGGAUCGACAGCAAGCAAGAAGCGCUCACCUGCUUCUUCUACCUCCUCCAACUCUCCGCCUCCCUCCUCGACCGGCACAUCCUCCUGCAAGCACCCCAAUGGACGCGGUCGUGAUCGCCAAGUCAAGCGCCUGGGCUGCUGUGCUGAUCUCGAUGGCGAUGGUGACGAGGAUCAGGAGGGGGAUGGUGCCAAGACUCCCACGCCUCGACAACACGACCUCUCUGGUGAGCCGGACCUGGUCGAGAUUCCCGGUGUAGUGGGUGCAGAGCAAAGCAAGCACAAGAAGCGCCAGCGCAACGGUGGUGCCGGCCGCAUCAUUGGACUGACGUCUACGGCUAUCAAUGAGAGGGAGCGCAAAGACUACUUCACGCCGAGUACGAGGCUGUUCCAUGACUUUAUUAGCGAGGACGUGGUGAGAAGGUACGGGCUGAACGAUAGCAGGGAGUGGCCUGCGGCGGGUAAGGUGCUGCGCGUGGACGGGGAGGACGGUGAGGGUGGUGAUGCCAUGGCUAGCGCUGGUACCACACCGCUUGUAGUCAAAGGUGAGGUCGCCUCGAUGCAGUGGCGCGAUGAGCUGCUCGUACAAGGCUGGGACGCUCCGCUCGAAGGCUUCCUACUCGAGACCGGCGAUGGAGCCAAGGUCGGGGCCAAGGCAGUCGUAUCCGCCGUAGGACCAGCAGGACAGCCUUCCAUCCCUGCGGCUCUCAAGGGUCAGACGAGCGCUGCCAAAGCGACCAAGACUGCUCCCGCGCCCAGAAAUAGUGGACAGGCCGCCGGCAUUUCAGCACCAUCACCACCACCCGUUGGCGCGACCCCUCCUGGUCUGUACGGUCCCGGCUGGUGUCACAGUGCUGCCCUCGCCACUCGCCCCUUCCCGCGCCCGUUCACUCGCGACCCUUCGGGCAAGAAGACGCUCCUCAUCGUAGGCGGCGGCCUCACCUCAGCGCAAGUAGCAGACGUCGCCCUCAAGCACGGUCACUUCGACCGAGUCGUCCUCAUCAUGCGCGGUCACCUCAAAGUCAAGCCCUUCGACGUCGGCCUCGACUGGAUGGGCCGCUACUCCAACCUGCGCAAGAUGCAAUUUUGGCAAGAGGAGGACAUCGCUGCUCGCCUGGCCAUGCUUCGUGGUGCGCGCCAAGGAGGCAGUAUGACGCAGCCCUAUGCCAAGUUGAUGAAGAAGUACGAGCAGGAGGGCAAGGUAGAGCUACUCACGCACACGGAGCUGAGUGAGGCGUAUUACUCCGAGGCGGGCCAGAUGUGGGAUCUGCAGCUGAAGAGGAGCGCUCCGCUUGACAAGAGGGAGAGGGCUAGGCAGGCCUACGAGGAGGCCAAGAGGGAUGCGGAGGAGGCGGCCAAGAAGGCUCUAGAGGCUGCGGAGAGGCUUGAGGAGGGAGAGGCGGACGGGUGUGACUGCGAGGAUGGCGAGAAGGAGGAGGUGAAGCCUACGUCGGCUCUGCCACCAGGCGUAACGCUGCGCCGUCUCAACGCCAGCUACAUCAUCACUGCGUCUGCAUUCACGCCAGACUACGCCCAGCUACCCUUCAUGCGUAGCGUGGCCGAGCAGCACCCGGUCAGGCAGGAGGGAGGUCUGCCCGUGCUGACCGAGGACCUGCAGUACGGACGCUUGCCGCUCUUUGUCGUGGGCAUGUACUGCGGACUACAGAUUGGACCUGCUGCUGGGAAUCUGGGAGGAAUGCGGGAAGCUGCGGACCGAGUGGUGGGAAGAUUGAGCGAGUUGAUCGCACCGCCUCACAAAGACGGAGAGACGACUGAGGCGGCACCGACGCAGCCCGUGGUCACGCACAGCCACGAUGGCGAGGAGGAAGAAGAGGUUGACGUGCACGACUCGCCGCGUCCUCCUGGCUUCACCCACUUUUCGUUUGGCGCUCUUGCUAUCGAGGGGUGAACUAGCGGGGGGGGAAAGGGAUUAGCUUAUCUUGGGCGUCGGGAAACGCAAUGCCGGGGAAGAGCAAGGAAGGGCGCUAACGCGCUGCGGAUUGAAAAUCAUC